AUGGUCGUCUCCCUCCAUCAGGAGUGCUGCGUGCUCGCAGCCUUGCGGACAAGAAGCGCUGACCGGUUUAUUCCGCCGGGCCUAUCGUCCAAGUAUCUCGUGCCCAACGGAUAUGGCCCUGGAGCAGUGGGAAACGGCCCACGGACGUCUUUCUGCUUUAGCUCUCAUCUCCUGGCUGUUGUAGAUGCUGUUCGUAUCUCUAAGCAUAAUAGUAAUGGCGCUAUUCCGCCGUGUAAACCAAACGAGGAGCACUCUGGUCGCAAGAUGCUGCAUUAUUUCAUCGACUGGAAGAUUCCUGCUCAGUAA